AUGUACGCUAGAAAACUAUUAUCAACUCGAUUGAUUCGUUAUGAAUUCGAUGCAUUUAUUAAUAGUUCCUAUUAUUAUUCUCCACAAUCACAUGAUUGUCUAAUUCCUACGUAUCAACAAUUGCGUCCAUAUUCAUUGUCAAAUGCUUUAUUAACACGUUCGGGUAAUAAUUCAUUUACAAUACGGGAUAUUGGACAAAAUUCACGAGGCAGUGGUGGUGGUGGUGAUGGUUCGGGUAAAAUAACUUUUCUUUGCCCCAAAUGUGGUGAUGUAUGUACCCAUGUUGAAAGUCUUGUUUCUGCAACAAGAUUUGUUAAAUGUGAAAAAUGCAGCCAUUUUUUUGUUGUUUUAUCUGAAAAUGAAGGAUCUAAGAAGGUCAAAGAAGAUAAAAAUAAAAAACGACAACCACCACCAUCACCAAAAAAAAUUUAUGAAUUUCUCAAUAAAUAUAUUAUUGGUCAAGAUCAUGCAAAAAAAGUCAUGUCUGUUGCUGUUUAUAAUCAUUAUAAACGUUUGCAUAAUAAUAUAUCAAUCAAUAAAUCUUCGUCACCCAAUACAAAUACUAAUACAACAAAUAAACAACAACAAGAAAAUCGAGGUUCAACAACAACAACAACGACAAUGUCUCCUAAUAAUGAAGAUACUAAACAAGGAAGUGAUAUUAUUCAUAAAGAACAUUAUGAUCUUAAACUUGAAAAAAGUAAUAUUCUUAUGCUUGGUCCAACUGGUUCAGGUAAAACACUUCUUGCUCAAACAAUUGCGAAAUGUCUUGAUGUACCAUUUGCUAUUUGUGAUUGUACAAGUUUAACACAAGCUGGUUACGUUGGAGAAGAUGUCGAAACAGUUAUUGCAAAAUUACUUCAAGAUGCAAAUUAUAAUGUUGAACGAUGUCAACAAGGUAUUAUAUUUCUGGAUGAAGUUGAUAAAAUUGGUAGUGUACCAGGUAUUCAUCAACUUCGUGAUGUUGGUGGUGAAGGUGUACAACAAGCAUUAUUAAAAAUGCUUGAAGGUACAAUAGUAAAUGUUCCUGAAAAAAGUUCUCGAAAAAUGCGUGGAGAAACGAUACAAGUUGAUACAACAAAUAUAUUAUUUGUUGCAUCUGGUGCAUAUACUGGUCUUGAUAAAAUAAUAAGCCGUCGUAAAAAAGAAAAAUAUAUUGGAUUUGGUUCAACAUCCAAUGAAGCACCAUCACGUCGACGUGCAACACAACUUGAUUUACAUGAACAACAUGAGAAUAAUGAUAAAAUGCUUAUUGAAGACAAUUUAGAACGUGAUAAAUAUUUACAAGAAUGUGAAGCACGUGAUCUCAUUGAGUUUGGAAUGAUACCAGAAUUCGUUGGAAGAUUGCCAGUUGUAGUUGCAUUUCAUAGUUUAAAUGAAGAUAUGCUUGUCAGAAUUUUAACAGAACCUCGAAAUGCAUAUGUACCACAAUAUCAAGCACUUUUUCAAAUGGAUAAGGUUCAAUUGGAUUUUACUGAUGGUGCACUUCGUUCAAUAGCUAAAAAAGCUGUUCUACGUCAUACUGGAGCUCGUGGUCUUCGUUCAAUAUUAGAACGUAUUUUACUUCAAUCGAUGUUUGAUAUACCCGAAUCGGAUAUAGUUGGUGUUCGAGUUGAUGAAGAAGCUGUUAAAACUAAUAAAAGCCCUGAAUAUAUUCGAUCACGUCAAAGUUCCUCAACAGAUAAUCAUGUUGAAAAUUCAACAAUAACAACAACAACCGAAGAAAUAAAAACAAAACAAAAUCAUGAUAAUAAAAUUUCCAUCCCAACCGGUUAA